UUCCGGAGGCUUCCCAGAGGAGAGGACAUUUGACCCCUGACUUCCUCGGUUCAAGUUUCCUCGGUUGAAGUUUUGGAGUCUAGGCAGGAGAACGAAUGCUAAAACUUGUUAUGUCAGAAGGGAAACUCUUGGGUAUUUUCUACCAGGGGAUGAGCAAAAACGGUAUGAGGAACACAAAUAAAGACACCCGUGGACCCCCUAACAGAUAUGCACCAUGUGAUUGGUACUAUCAUGUACCAUUGAAGCGGUCAGAGGACCUUCCUAAUUCAGAGACUCCACAACAACCAGCCUCUCAGAUUCCGGGUCUUGGUGAUUUUGGAGAUUCUCACACUGAGGUUACAUUUGGCGGGCGGAGGAAGUGGAUCAAGGACACCGACUCAGAAUAUGUAAAGUUGGCAAAACAAGGAGGCCGACCUGAUUUGUUGAGGCACUUUACACCUACUCCACGAAAAGUGUGCCUGGGAUCUUACGGUGCACCCGAGUGGUACUCCCAUCAUAGCAAGACAGCCACAUCUGAUGAGUCUAAACCUCGAAUUCAAGCCAUGCCAGACUACAUGAUUCAUGAAGAAUUUAAGACUGAUCAGCCUGCCAACUAUGAACCUAAAAGAGGGCCUUUUGACUUUGAUGUGAAAAGUGUUUGGCAGAGAGAUGCUGACGACAAAGAAAACAAAGAGAAAAAAGAGGAAAAUGGAGUACAAGUUGAGGGCUCUCCAAACAACACAAAAGAAGAGAUAAAGCUUCCUGCUAUAACACCAAGAUACCCAUACAGAACACCACAACCUGCUGCAACUAAAGAAUUCCAUGGAGGAAACAGGCUUUAUUUCCCUCCAAUGCCUGUUCACACAAAAAAUCAACCAGUUAACUUCAGCAAACUAAUCAGCAAUGGUUAUGGGGACGAGUGGCUUCAGCAACGAGAUGAGUGGGAGAAAAAGACUGCCCAGCCUAAUGAUUCAGAGAUGUCCCAGACAGAAUCAACACAAACAGAAAAUGAGUAAAAGCUGAUUCCCCAUAGAAUUACCACAAAAUUCUACCACUAUUUCAGAAGAACACUAGGUGCAGAAAAUUACAAUACAAGUUUAAGAAGCAGGCUUCAAUAAUUAAAUGUUGCUUUAGAUUAUGUGACUCCAACCAAGAUAUUUAAGGAACAGGCCAUUUCAUUCCUACUAGUUCCUCUGUUUAAGUAAGCUUACAAAGGUUAUGAACUUGAUCCAGUAAUCAAUUUCAAUCCAGCACUUGAAGUCUGUGUGCUUGAUUAAGUUGUUGAAUGCCUUAGUCUGUGUCUCAACAUGGUACUGCUUCUGAAGCCUGGUGCUAUGGUUCAGCUGGAGCCUAGCCUUCUAAAGUUAUACCAGUUGUCUUAGAUGUGGUAAGCAUUAGCAGCCCUGGACCCACAAAAUCUGGUCAGUCUAUGAUGUGGUAUGGAGUUGUAUUGCCAGAGAGAGUAUAGCAGAGCAUUGCUGUUAGAACUGUUUUAGCAACAUUAGUUUUGCAGUGCUGAACCUUUAGUCUUCAUGUUUCUAUCUUCCAGGUGUUGAGUGGAAUAAAGGUCAUAUCCUGUGAUGUUAUUUAUGCUGAAUUUCAUGCAUACAUUAGCCUUGAAAUGAUUAUUUUGAAAGUUGGAUUACACUGAGAGUUUUCAACAUCACUCUUAUUUUUUUCUGAUUUGUACCUCACAUCAUAUCAACUUCCAUAAAUACUUGGAUUUUAUUUGAAUAAAUACCACUAGAAAACGGGAGAAUUGUCCCUCAGUGAUUAUUUUUAAUAAAAAAUAUUAUUUUUAAUAAUAAACCUUGAGAUUGUAAUUUAUAUUAAAACAGCAAUUGAUAAAAUUAUCAAAAAUACAAUUUAUUUUCUCAAUUUGCUUUUCAUUUAAAACAUGCAGGAUAUGAAAACAAGUUUAAUGUAUUAUGUAACAUUUCUUAUUGCUACUUUAGGGGCCAAUUUGGCAACAGUUCUGACUGUGUUACAUACUUUGUUUAGUGCUUAAGGACUGUAUAUGUAUCAAAAGGAUCUCUCAUCUGAUCUGACCACACCAAGCUGUUGUAUUUUUAAAAAAAUUAUCAAAGACUACCCUUGGGAACAACUGUUUAGAAACCCAUCUGGAACAAAUAUGGCUCACUUCAAAUUUCAUUAGGUAAAGCAGUUUGAAGGCAGAAGAACAACUUCACAACUGUGUUUCAAAAAGCAUUUCUUCUUACAUGAUCAGUACUUGAUCUAGUUCUGCGCUUUGCUAAACUGUCCUAUUCACUUUAACUGAAGGACAGCUCCACCAUCUCUUAGUCCUUAGAGAACUAUGCUUUUCUUUCCAAAGUUUGGAAGUAAUCUAUUAAUCUUGAAAAAUAAAUGGUAAAACUUAUUUUUACCAGUAAACAGGAGAACAAGCUGGGACACCUUUUAAAAAUAAUAUUCAGAAAGGAAUAUUUUAAUGUUACUUUCAAAACAUUAUUUGUAAAAGAUUAUAUGUAUCAGUUACUAAUUGUCCUGUUUAAUGCAAAAGUAACUAUUUUAAUAUUAAUAUAUUGGUUGAAAUUCUGUCAGUCAGCUUUCUCUUGUGCAACAGGACUUACCUUAUAAUCAGUGACAGAUUGAUACUGAUUGAAGACUUGAAGACUUCCUUUUUGAUGCUGAGAUGCACACAACUUCAUCUCAUUGCGUGCAUCAAAAAAGGAAGUAUUUAAAUCAGUAGCAAUUUAUUGUUUACAAUGACAUCAUUUUGCCCAGACAGAGCUGUGCAACAAGAUUUUAGCCAAUAAACCUGUUACUUCAAAGUUUGACACUUUUGACAUGAACAGAGAAACUUCAAAAUGCAGAGUUCUGUCUCAUUGUGAUUCUUUAGGAAGAUCACUCAUUUCUUCAGUUGUGACAGAAAAAGAGCAUAGCUUUUAAAAGCAUUUUGGUUUGAUGCAAAUGCAAGAUUCAGGUUAUGUCUCAUAAACUGAGAGGUUCAAAACUUUGGGUUUUUUAAAGUUUUGCAGUUGACUUUCCUUCUGUUGUAGUGCAGAAGCCAUUUUUAUUCUGUUAAUUGCUGUUCCACAUAUAUAAAAUAAAUUAACAAAAUUAU